AUGGCAAUGUCGAAUUCUCAACAUGAUCAUUCCUACAACUUGUUGGUUGUUGGUGAUAAAGGUGUUGGAAAAACACUUUUUUCAACAGUAGAUGGUAUUCUCAAUUCAGAGGAAUGGAAAAUCGAUUAUGUUGGUUACAAGGAAAGAAAAAAAGAAAUCAAUCUUAAUGGUGAACGGAUUAAACUCACAAUUGAAUCAUUUCAAAAUUUAAACAAAUGGUCGCGUGACAUCAGUUAUUAUGGAGAUAAACAUGUGACGAAAUUGGUUAUUGCAAAUAAAUGUGAUUUAGCAGAACAAAAGGUAGUCAAUUUCAACAAAGCUACAGAGUAUUUUAUUCGAUCAAAUAUUUCCAUGUUCGAAGUUUCUGCACAAGAUUCUACUAAUGUUGAAUUAGCAUAUAAACAUAUGAUUUUGAAACUUCAAUCCAAUUUAACAUCAAGAAUCAAUCAUCAACCUGAUCAGUAUAGCAAACAAAUUGAUUUAGAAUUUGUCUAUCAUAUAUCUAAUAUUGAUCCAAAUGUUGCCGAACAAAAUGUAGAUAAUCAAGGUCUUCAUGUUGGUACAGAAAAUGAAAACGAGCAGAUUUCGAUUGAAAAGAAAGCUAUGCAAUCAAAUGUUAUUAAUCUUUCAAAAACAUUCGAAAGUUUUUGUAUAGAAAAAGUUAAUGAAUUAAAAUAUUUAUUAAAGUUAUAUAAUGUCACAUUUAACUUAACUAUAACAAUGUGUUAA